AGCGGCGCUCGGCAGUGGUUGAGGAAGUCUGAUGACGUACACGCCCUCCAAUCCUCACGCGAAGGGCUGGGCUAGAGUCAGCUGCUGAAACCACAUGACCCGAGCCUGGCGCCGGAAGCUACCUAUCCGGUAGACAGCUCCCCCGGCACCUACGGCUGCGAUGACUUCUGCACUGACCCAGGGGCUGGAGCGAAUCCCUGACCAGCUUGGCUACCUGGUGCUGAGCGAAGGUGCAGUCCUGGCGUCAUCUGGGGACCUUGAGAACGAUGAGCAGGCAGCCAGCACCAUCUCAGACCUGGUCAGCACAGCCUGCGGCUUCCGGCUGCACCAUGGCACCAAUGUCCCUUUCAAACGCCUGUCUGUGGUCUUCGGUGAACACACACUGCUGGUGACUGUGUCAGGACAGCGGGUGUUUGUGGUGAAGAGGCAGAACCGAGGCCGGGAGCCUAUUGAUGUCUGAGUUGCACGAGGCGCUGGCUGGAGAAGUGGCCUGCCUCUGGGCCUGAGAUGGAGGACACCGUCUCCACCGUUCUUGCUGCUGGAAC